AUCAAAAUGGGAAAUACACAAUCUAAUGAAACCACGGAGUUACAAAAAACUGAUAAUAGUAUACAAUCCUCUGAAUCUUCGCAAAGUGAACUGACGACACCUAUUACUUCUGUUAAGUCAAUAAAGUCAAGAAAGACUUCAUUUCCUAACUUUGGUUCAAAUUCACCAGUUGUUGGCUCACCUUUACGUUCGCUUGAUGAAUAUAAAAAAUUCGAUGAAUAUAAAAAGUUCGAGGAUUUUUAUUUUGAAAACAUUGAGGAUGAAAUCUAUGCAUCAAGUUUUAAUGAAGGAGAUGUUUUUAGUGGUGAAGAUGGUUCUUCAAAAGCUAUUUCAAUUCGGCGCCCAUCAGCUAUGACGUCUGAGCCGUCUUAUAAGAAUUCAAAUAAAGUCAUACAUGAUUAUAGUGAUAGCGGAGGUAUAGCGCCAUUGACUAGAGUGAAUGUACAAGGUACAAAAAAUAAAGGAGUCCCUACGAUUAUUACUUGGAGUCAAGGUGGUAAUAAUGUUUACGUGACUGGAACUUUUAAUGAGUGGAAGCAUAAUAUUCGAUUAUAUAAAAGCUCUAAAGAUUUUACUACGGUUUUGAAUUUACCACCGGGAACUCAUAAACUUAAAUUUAUUGUUGAUGAUGAAUGGAAAUGUUCAAAUGAACUUUCAACUGCGACCGAUCCAGAUGGAAACUUGGUAAAUUAUUUAGAAGUAUUUGAGGAAGAAGGAGAUUCUAUGGAUCAGAAUGAAAUGAAUGCGGAUGAUCUUUUGUCAAGUACGCCUCCAGGAGAGUAUUCAGAUGAGAUCCCGGGAUAUCUUCUAGCAUAUGCACAUUCCCGUAACAUUAUUGAAAACAAUAUUAGUAAUUCCACAUCAAGAAAAGAUUCCCCUGAACCUCGAGGAAGCAUGACAGGAGAACAACCACCAGCUUUACCACCACAUCUGGAGAAAGUUCUGUUAAAUAGCUCAGCAGUUUCGAAGGAAGAUAAUAGUGUUUUGCCAGUACCCAAUCAUGUAGUAUUAAAUCAUUUAUAUGCUUGUUCAAUAAGAGACGGCGUGAUGGCCGUCGCCGCCACAGCAAGAUAUAGGAAAAAGAUUCCAGCUAAUUUGUAA